AGUACAAUGGAGCUUUCAAAGUCAUCGUGGCUUUUUAAUUGGCCAUUUUCUUAGCAUAUUUGAGCUCAGACUCCCCCGAAGAGAUCUAUCUGGAGGUGGGUUUUUGCUCCAUUAAUAAGCCAUAUAUCAUCAAUGGACAUAACCCUCUUCACUGAUAUUAGUGCCAAACAACAAACUCGUGAGUACUAUUUCAACUCAAACACCUAUACCAGCAACAAGCACCAUGAUCAACUCAUCAUCAUCAGCACCAACAAUGAUGAGACGGUGUUACUAGACAAUAUUAUGCAAACCACCACCACUACAAGCAACCAUCUUCCACCGCUGCCACCGCCGCCACCAUCGGCCUCAACAAGCCUUUCUCCAGACUCAGCGUUCGGGGCGGCUGCCGAGCUAUGGCCUUCGGCAGCAGCCGGUAAAUGGGCUCCAAAGCUUCUCAAGGAGUGUGCCAAAGCGAUCUUCGACAAGGAUUCGACCAAAAUCCACAACCUUCUUUGGAUGUUGAACGAGUUGGCUUCCCCUUAUGGUGAUUGUGAUCAGAAAUUGGGGUCUUACUUCUUGCAGGCUCUCUUCUGCAAAGCCACGGACUCCGGCCUCCGCUGCUACAAGACGCUGACGACAGUCGCGGACAAGACCCGUUCUUUUGAUUGUGCUAGAAGGUUAAUUCUCAAGUUCCAGGAAGUGAGUCCAUGGACCACCUUUGGACACGUGGCAUCUAAUGGAGCAAUCUUGGAGGCCUUAGAUGGAGAAGCCAAGCUUCACAUAAUCGACAUAAGCAACACGCUUUGCACUCAAUGGCCUACUCUCCUCGAAGCCUUGGCCACCCGGAACGACGAGACGCCGAAGUUGAAGCUCACCGUGGUGGUCACGGCAGCCGCUGCGGUAGCUACUGGUGGCGGUGGUCGAUUACCAAUGAUGAAAGAGAUAAGCCAGAGAAUGGAGAAAUUCGCGAGGCUUAUGGGAGUUCCCUUCGAGUUAAACGUCGUGUCUGAGCUGAGUAGGUUAGGGGAGCUGACGAGAGAAGGGCUCGGAAUUCAAGACGACGAAGCGGUGGCUGUGAACUGCGUGGGAACGCUGAGGAGAGCGGAGGUAGAGGAUAGGGAGGCGGCGAUGAGGGCUUUCCGUUCCCUGAAGCCGCGGAUCGUCACGGUUGUUGAAGAGGAAGCGGAUUUCACAGCCACGAGAAACGACUUCGUUGGUUGUUUUGAGGAGUGCCUUAGAUUCUACACUCUUUACUUUGAGAUGCUCGAAGAGAGCUUCGCUGCGACGAGCAACGAGAAGCUGAUGUUGGAAAGAGAAUGCUCAAGAGGUAUCGUUAGGGUUUUGGCAUGUGAUGAUGAUCAAGAUCAAGAUCAAUUAUUAGAUCAUCAUGAUCAAGACAUGGAUGAUCCUGAUCCUGAAGAAGAAGAUGACCAAAACAAAAACAAUAGUAAUAACAGUAAUGAUAGUAACAACAACAGCAUUAAGAAUGAUAGGAGAAGGAGCGCUACUACUGCUACUACUACUACGUGGGAUUGCAGCGAAAGGAGAGAGAAGGGGAAGCAAUGGAGUGAUAGGCUGAAACGGGGGUCGUUUUCGCCGGUUGGGUACAGCGAUGACGUUUUGGACGAUGUCAAGGCUUUGCUGAAGAGAUACCCAUCUGGGUGGGGACUUGUUCAUCAACCUCAAGCUAUUGGAGGAGGCGAUCAACGACAGCAAGAACAGCCAGAACGGCAGUUAUUAGUGUAUGAUGAUUCUUCCUCUACAACCGCUUCUCCUGGGAUUUACUUAACAUGGAAAGAGGAGCCUGUAGUUUGGGCUUCUGCAUGGAAACUCUAAUAGGAUGAUGAUGAUCAUCUUCAGACAUUGAUGCCCGAAAAAUCAAACUCUAGCAGAAUAAUAUCAGACAACCCAUUUUGAUAUAUAGCUAGAUAUAGCUAGGUUUUAGUAGAGGAUGGUCAUUUUAUAAUAUUACUACCUAUAGCUAGGCUAGCUAUAUAGCCAUAAAUAAGUUUAUGCAUCGUGUUAUAAUAGCUAUUUCCAUAGGAUCGAUCCUUAUUAUAUUUUCUUAUUUGUUUCUCUUACUAUGUAAGUCACCUUUUUCUAGUAUUAGCUUUAUGUUUGGGAGUUUGUGUUCCUUUGCUUUGCUUUUAUUUCAUUGUUCUUGUUUGAAGGUGUUUGAAACUUAUAUAUACAGAGGUUUUAAUAUAUGUAUUUUAUUUGUA